AUGGUUUCAAAAAUAUAUACCACGCCGAAUUUUAGCUUGACGCCACUGAAACUGGAAUUGGGAGCUGUCGCGUCAAAACAUCCUUCUGCAGAUAGCAGCUCCGGCCCGUCAGCGAUAAUAGUGGACAGCAAUGCUGACGAUACUAGCCCAGCUGUUUGGGUUCGUAAUAACGGAUUGGGUUCAGAUGGGGAGAAAAAUGGUGCCAUCCAACAGAUUGGUCAUUGGCAAGGCUUCAAAGUCAUUGGAUGGGGAAAGCUUCAUCUUGAGCAAGUUUUGCAAGUUGCAACUCCAAAAGGGGCUAACCCAAUAGCUUUCAUACUCCACGAUACCUUACACUAUUUCUCUGCAUAA